AUGGCAGACGAGGUAAUUCUGCGGGUGCAGGAUUUGCAGACCCACUUUUUCACGCGCACCGGCGUGGUGAAGGCGGUGGACGGCAUCAGCUUUGAACUGAAGCGCGGUGAAACGCUGGGGAUCGUAGGCGAAUCGGGCUCCGGUAAAAGCAUGACCGCGUGGUCGAUCCUCGGAAUGGUGCCGCACCCGGGCCGCAUCGUGGGCGGGAGCAUCAAUUACCUGGGCGAAAACCUGCUGGAAAAGAGCCGGGGAGAGAUGCGAGAUAUCCGCGGCUCGGGCAUCUGCAUGGUGAUGCAGGAUCCGCUGACGUCCCUGAAUCCGGUGUUCACCGUGGGCGAUCAGCUAACCGAAACGUUGCGCCUGGAGUAUAACGAGCCCAGGCGUUCGCUCCGUGAUCGGGCAAUUCGGCUCCUGGAAAAUGUUCGCAUACCGGCAGCCGAGGAACGCUUGAUUAACUUUCCGCACCAAAUGAGCGGCGGUAUGCGUCAGCGGGUAGUCGGGGCAAUAUCCAUCGCGCGGUCCCCCAAUCUGCUGAUCGCCGACGAGCCGACCACCUCGUUGGAUGCCACCAUCCAAUUGCAGUACCUCCGUCUCCUGAAGGACAUCCAGGCUCAGACCGGCGCGGCAAUCAUAUUCAUCACCCACGACUUCGGCAUCGUCGCGCGGAUGUGCGACCGGGUCGCCGUCAUGUACGCGGGGCGCAUCGUGGAGCAGUCCGACGUCGAGGACAUGUUCGACCAUCCGGCCCAUCCCUACACUGAAGCGCUGUUGGAAUCCGUUCCCGACCUCGAUACCGACGCUACCGGCAGCCGCGAACAUGCUCUGGUACGCCUGGAGGGCAUACGUCGACAUUUCCCCGUGUACCGCGGCAACGUGCUCCGGCGGCAGACUGGGACGGUCAAGGCCGUCGACGGGAUCUCGAUCAACAUCAUGCCCGGUGAGACGUACAGCCUAGUCGGAGAAUCGGGCUGCGGGAAGACCACCACCAGCCGGAUGCUGCUGAUGGCCGAUCAACCCACGGAAGGCGAUAUUUAUUUCGAUAAUCGUCCCAUGAAGCACUUUUCGGGAGCGGAACGGCGGAACUUCAAGGCCUCGGUGCAAGCCGUGUUUCAGGACCCCUGGAGCUCGUUAAACCCCAGGAUGCGAGUCGACCAGAUCAUCGCCGAGCCUUUGAUCACUCACCAGCGGCUGAGCCGGUCCGCGGUGCGCGCGCAGGUGCAGGAACUGCUGCAGGUGGUUGGACUGCACCCGUUCCACGCCGAGCGUUACCCUCACGAAUUCAGCGGAGGACAGCGGCAGCGGAUCGCGAUUGCCCGAGCCCUAUCGACCCGUCCCAAGCUGAUCGUGCUGGACGAGCCGGUGUCCGCCCUGGACGUCUCCAUACGGGCCCAGAUAUUGAACCUGCUGAAGGAGCUCCAGUCCACCUACGAGCUCAGCUAUCUCCUGAUCGCGCACAACCUGGCCACCGUGCGCUACAUGAGCCACACGGUGGGCGUGAUGUACCUGGGCAAGAUUGUCGAGGAAGCCCCUCCAAUCGAGCUGUUCACCAACGCGCAGCACCCGUACACGCGGGCGCUUAUAUCGGCCUCUUUGCCGGCCCACCCGAGGCGCCAGCGCGAGGAGAUAGUCCUGGCCGGAGAGGUCCCAUCGCCGAUAAACCCACCUGCCGGAUGCACCUUCCACCCUCGCUGCCCGUUCGUCAUGGAACGCUGCUCGGCGGACGUGCCCGCGCUGGUGGAGUACACCCCGAGACACUUCACGGCGUGCCAUCUGUACGCCGAUGGGGGCAAGAAUACCUGCUAA